GAACUCCUCUCGCGGCAAAGGGGGAAGCGUCGUGUCCUCUGUAGACUCCAUUGAAAGACUCGCUUCUGGAACAGAAUAGUCGUUGGGGCGGCGAAGGCGAAAUGGGGCUUCCUUGAAGUUGAAGGUGAGCUGAACGGAACAAAAGAAGAAAGAACGAAGGCGAGUUUUUGGGUAAUAGAAACGAACAAUGAGGAGGCUAUUCGAAGGAGGGAGGAAAUGUGAGGAAUUCUCGCCAGAGUAUUAUGGGGUUUGCGCCAUUGGAGGAAUGCUCAGUGCUGGAACCACCCAUCUUGCUAUCACUCCCCUCGAUGUUCUCAAAGUUAAUAUGCAGGUUAACCCUGUCAAGUAUAAAAGCAUCUCCACAAGCUUUACCACUCUACUGAGGGAACAAGGCCCUUCUGCCUUUUGGAGAGGUAGUAGUGGCAAAUUCUUUGGAUAUGGACUUCAGGGUGGCUGUAGAUUUGGGCUGUAUGAAUACUUCAAGAAGGUUUACUCGACCUUCAUGGUGGACCAGAACAGGACUUUCAUCUUUUUCAUUAGCAGUGCAUCUGCUGAAGUGAUUGCAAAUGUGGCUCUUUGUCCUUUUGAGGCAAUCAAAGUCCGUGUUCAAGCACAGCCCCACUUUGCUAAAGGCUUAAUUGAUGGCUUUCCAAAACUAUAUGCAUCAGAAGGCCUCCUUGGCUUUUACAAGGGCCUAGUUCCACUCUGGGGUCGUAACCUUCCAUUCUCUAUGGUUAUGUUUUCAACAUUUGAGCAUUCAGUGAAUUUUCUAUAUUGCAAUGUAAUUCAAAGAAAGAAGGAGGACUGCUCAAAAUCUCAACAGCUUGCGGUGACAUGCUUGGCGGGCUAUGCUGCUGGAUCUGUUGGUAGCAUUAUUUCUAAUCCUGCGGACAACAUUGUUGCCUCUGUUUAUAACCAAAAAGCUGGUAGCCUCCUGCUGGCUGUGAAAAAAAUUGGGAUUGGUAAUCUAUUUACCAGAAGUCUUCCAAUUAGAAUAAUGCUUGUUGGACCUUCAGUGACAUUGCAAUGGUUGUUCUAUGAUGCCAUUAAGGUGUUAAGUGGAUUGCCAACCAGUGGAGAAGUUUGCUCUGACAAAGAAGAAACAACAACAUUGUAGGCUCAUCAAAGUGGAAUAUUGUAAUUGGACACCAGCCCUGGAAACAUGAGGUAAUCAAUUAAUGUUUUAGAACUUGUAAUUCCAGCAGAGUGGUAGCCUUUGAUCAUUGUGUUCUGGGAGCAAUGGCCUCUUCUUGCCAGGGGGAUAAUCAUCACAGCUUGGUUUGGGCAGUCAUUCAGAGGCAUAUUGCUGUUAUUUACGUGCAAAACUGCCAGCAAAUUUUUUGUUGUAACCAUUAGACUCCUAAUUGUUCUACAUUUAGCAAGAAACGUGUAGUGGUAAAUCUGAUUCUAGAGCAAGAGCAAGAACAUAAAUAUAUUCACUUAUUCUUGUAGCUCAAAGGUGGAGUUCAUAAUCUUCAACCUCUUGAACCAUCACCUCUGGAGAGAGAUAGAAGAAGAGGAUAUGCUUGUAAUUUCUGGUAGGGCACCAGUUUAUGGAGUGCUCCCAUAAUGUCUUUCGAACAGUCCUAUUUUGCCAAAGAGAUUUGUUUCCACAACUUAAACAUAACGUUCCAGUUGAACGCCUUGUGUAAUUUUCUCCUAGUAAUGGAU